UAUUUGCCAUAUGUGUAUAUGAAAUUAAUGAGUUUUGCAGGUUUAUAGCAAACCAAGUAUCAUGUCUCAUCGUAAGUUUGAGCAUCCAAGACAUGGAUCUCUGGGGUUUCUUCCUCGGAAAAGAGCUGCUCGUCACAGGGGAAAAGUGAAGGCCUUCCCCAAAGAUAAUCCCACCAAACCAUGUAGUCUAACUGCUUUCUUGGGGUACAAAGCUGGGAUGACGCACAUUGUUAGAGAAGUCGAAAAGCCUGGGUCAAAACUCCACAAGAAGGAAACAUGCGAAGCAGUGACAAUCAUCGAGACACCCCCAAUGGUAGCUGUUGGGUUGGUCGGUUAUGUCAAGACUCCACGUGGCCUCCGCAGUCUGGGUACUGUCUGGGCACAACAUCUUAGUGAGGAUGUUAAAAGGAGAUUCUACAAGAAUUGGUGCAAGUCAAAGAAGUGUGCCUUCAAGAAGUACUCAGCAAAGUAUGAAACCGAAGCUGGAAAGAAGGAUAUCCAGUCACAGCUUGAGAAAAUGAAAAAGUACUGCAAUGUUAUUCGUGUGUUGGCCCACACACAGAUCCGAAAAAUGAAAGGUCUGAAGCAAAAAAAGGCUCACCUGAUGGAGAUUCAAGUGAAUGGUGGUGAUGUGGCACAAAAAGUUGAUUUUGGCUACGGUUUCUUUGAGAAGCAGAUCCCUAUUGAUGCUGUUUUCCAGAAAGAUGAAAUGAUUGACAUCAUUGGUGUUACUAAAGGCAAGGGUUAUGAAGGUGUUGUCACCCGAUGGGGUGUCACCCGUCUGCCUCGCAAGACUCAUCGUGGGCUUCGUAAGGUUGCUUGUAUUGGAGCAUGGCAUCCAGCCAGAGUUUCCUAUACUGUUGCAAGAGCUGGUCAGAAUGGAUACCAUCACAGGACUGAAAUGAAUAAGAAGAUUUAUAAACUCGGCAAGGCUGGUCAGGAAUCUCAUUCCGCUCUUACUGAAUUUGACAGGACUGAGAAAGAUAUAACUCCAAUGGGAGGUUUCCCUCAUUAUGGGGUGGUGAAAGAUGAUUUUCUGAUGAUUAAGGGCUGCUGUGUGGGACCAAAGAAACGUGUGGUGACCUUGAGACAGUCGUUGCUGAACCAGACAUCAAGACUUGCUUUGGAGGAUAUUAAACUGAAGUUCAUUGAUACCUCAUCCAAGUUUGGUCAUGGUCGUUUCCAGACUGCCGAUGAGAAGGCCAAGUUCUACGGACGAGUUAAAGCUUGAGUAUUCAAACGAGUUACUGUUUUUUGCUUUUCUUUACAAAACUUUUUAUUUUCAAGCACCUUAUCAUGCCAUACAUUUUGUUGAUUUGAGAAAUUUUUCUUUGAGAUUUA